AUGAAACUUGAACACCGCUCUGUUGAGGUCAUUGUGGUUGGGGCAGGAAUUGGAGGCCUCGCCGCAGCAAAAACCUAUCUUGAACUAUCACCCCUGACAAACCUCAUAAUUCUUGAAAAGCGACCGACUAUUGGUGGUGUCUGGUCCGAAGAAAAUUGCUACGAAGGUCUUAAGACGAACAACCUCGGUGGAACCUACGAAUUCACCGAUUUCCCAUGGGUGAAAAAUACGGGAUCAAAGAAGAUCAACAUAUCCCUGGUUCCGUGCUACAUUCCUAUCUGA